GAACAUCAAAAGCAGUUCAUACUUGCAUCUCUUAACUGUAACAUCAGUAGUAAUAUCGAUAAACUUCAAACAAAUAUCUGCUUUUAAAAUACUUAAAAAUGGCAAACAAUUAUCGUUCCAUGUUAGUAUUGGUAUGUCUUACAUUUUUGGUUAUUGUUUCAUCUCCGGAAAAUGGAGUCGAAGCUGACAAACUUAUUGGUAGCUGUGUAUGGGGUGCUGUUAACUAUACUUCAAAUUGUAACAAGGAAUGUAAAAGACGUGGAUACAAAGGUGGACAUUGUGGAAGCUUUGCUAACGUCAACUGUUGGUGUGAAACAUAACACUUUUCAUG